AUGUCUCAAGAUCGAGGCAACUUGCAGCUUUAUCAGCCGUUGACAACGAAGAUCGAGCGAUCUCCGAUGCUUCCAGGCUUUCAAUCGGUGGAUGUGUCCGGAGACAGCCACUGGGCCACGAAGCUUUCAAAGUUCAAGGCCGACACUUUUGGGGUCUGCAAUUUCUAUGGUGGUGCUUUGAUCGACUCUGGCACAUCCCUCUUGACCUUUCCGAGAUCUGCUAGCCAUAUCACAGAGGCCUUGAAGCGCAAGGUCAAGAGUGACUGCAGCAACUUGGACGAGCUCCCGACGCUUUUCUUCGAGCUCGACGGUGCUGAGGUGGUGCUGCCACCAAAGGCCUACAUUUUCAAGGUCACAGAGGAAGAUGGCUCUCCAGCUUGUCGAGGGGCCUUCAUGAAAGUGGACAAGGAAUCUCAGUUUGGAGAGGUCUUCAUCCUGGGAAUGCCCUUCCUCCGCUACUACUUUACAGUCUUCGACCGCCGUAACAAACAGGUGCACAUCGCAAGAUCAACGGAGGACUGCAAGGCACGCAUGUGGACUGAGACAGCUGGACGUUGUGCAAUUCUGCCUGUGAGGUGGCACCACGCUUAUCUCUCCUCGCGACAAAUGCAACAGCCUGCUCCCCAAGAUGACGGCAAUCUUCAGGCAGCCCUCGCCAAUGACAAGGGGAACCAGAUCGACAAGAAAUGGGUAGAGGUGAAGCGCUGCAUGCCACAGGACAGACGAAUUGCUUUUUAA